UUAAGUUACAUAACAUCAUAACCUCAUUGACGUUCACGUACUUACAUGGUGUGGUGCGUGUGAAUUACAUUCCUAAAAAUGAUAAAUUCAACGGUCGACAAUCUUCCUUCUGAUAAGGAAAAUGCUGUGCAUAGUGUUGCAGAUCAAUCGAAAAUAAAUUUACCGGACCAGCUAACCAACGGGACUUUUCCCAAAGUUUCGGAGGACAGAAAGCCCACUUUACCACUUCUAUCGAUGGCUCAAUUGAACAACGUGUCGGACACAGUGCCGAUUUCAAAUACACUGAAAGCUACUCCGGACAAUAAGAACUGGUUUCUUUAUCGUCCUCGCACUCGCUCUGCAAAGAAAAGACUUUCAUUCAGAGAGGUGAUUCUUAUCUCUAGUGACAGUGAGGGGUCCGAUGUGGAAUGUACCCGUAACCCGUACGUAAUGGAAAUUAUUCCGAAGACAGAAAUAGUUUCGGAUAAUUCUGUAUUGGAUGGUGUGGUCGCAUCUCAAGUGACUGUCACCGAUAACUCGGAAUGUCAAUCGUCAACCAGCUGCUGCGAAGCCCAUGAGUCCACUGUAUCGCCAUUGAAAGCUCUAAGUGCUGGAAAUACAAGCCCAUUGGUAAAAAUGGGACAGGAUUCGCAAUCUAAUUGUUCCAAUGACAACGACUCAACUGUCGAUUUAAACAACGACGCUAAUUGCAAUCAAGAUAUUACGGGAUCUUCUAUUAAGAAGGACUUGAUUUCGGAUGUCCCUCCAUUGGAAGAAGCUGUCGUUUCUCACAUGAUUGACAACGACAACUCGGAACUACUUCAACAACAAACGAUUCGCACUAACAGCUGCGCAGAUACCCUUCAACCGUCUGCAUCGCCAUCGCCAGUGAAACCACAACCUACAAGCCCAUUGGAACAGGGUCCGCAAUCGAAUUGUUGCAAUGUCAACAUCUCAAGUGAACCGAUCGCUGACUACAUUAGUCAAAUCACUGAUCCGUCUGACGGUUUGAACAACGAGGAUAACUGCAGUGAAGCUGCUAGCGACAAAUACUAUAAUACUGAAGCGAUCAUGGACGAUGAAUCGCAGCAGAAGGAAGACAUGAUUUCAGAUGUCUCUCCAUUGAAAGAAGCUCACCGUGUGCUUGUCACCGACAACUCUGAAUUACUUGAACAACAACCGAUUGGAACUGGCGGAUGCGACACGUCCCAACAGCCUUCUCUGUCGCCAGUGAUACGUGCUAUAAAGACAAGCUUAUUAGUGGAAAUGCGAAAGGACACACAGUCGAUCUCUUUUAACGACUCAGCUGAACCGGUCACUGACGUCAUCAGUCAGAUCAGUAAUUCAUCUGGCGAUUUAAACAACGAUGAUAAUUGCAGUCAAGCUCUGAAAGAAGAAACAUAUGAGACCCGCUCAACUGAAUCGAUCGUCGACGAUGAAUCGAGACGGAAUAUUAUCACGGAAACUGCUACGAAGGAACAGAAGGCUUUGGAUGUCUCUCUUUUGGAAGAAACUCUAGUGUCUCAUGUGAUUGUCACCAAAAUCACGGACGUACUUGAACAACAAGGGAUAGGGACUGAUAGCUCCGUCGAGGUUUAUGAGCAAUCUACAUCUCCAAUCAAAGUACUAAGUAUUGUUAGUACUGGUCCAUUGGUAGAGGUGCGGAAGGACAUUCACUCAAGCUGUUCCAAUGACAACGACGUAAGCGAACCAGUCACUGAUGGGUAUAGUGAAGCGAAACCAAAUAUCAUUUCGUGUGCCGACUUAAGCAAUGAGGACGACGAAGCUAUGAAAGAUAAUUCCUAUGACAUCGGCUCAACUGAACCAGUCAUCGACGACCUUUGUGAUUCGAAAAAGGAAACUAUUGGGUCUGAAUGCGACUCAAGCUAUGGAUUUUGUCAACACAUUGAACCAAAUACAUCUGGGAACGAAUCACCUGAAUUAGUGGUCUAUGGCAUUGUUCAAACGAAACGAAAAGAUUUUGUGUGUGAGUGCAGUACGUGCAGUAAACUUGAGUACGCAAUUGGCAACGCUGAAAUGGUACAAGAUAGAAUCAGUAAACUCAGACCAAAAUGUCUACAGUUUGAGCGUGAAUCUGAAAGCGAAUUGAAUGAGUCAAUGGUACAAGCUGUAGAGGGGAAGCGUUUAUCAACACUGUUUAUAGCAGACUCCUCUCAAAGUUCCAUGAAAGAUGCAAGUGGUUUGGAAUAUUCUCCAUCUCAACGCUUGGAAUGGUCCAGUGAUCACGAUGAAUUAAUCAUAGAUGAAGGACCCGACGAUCGCAGCAACCCAAGCGACUCAGAUGAAAACAUGUGCAACGGGGAACAGGACGAGCAUAAGAAUGAUUUCCACAAAGGCGAACAUGACUGCGAUUUGACUGAUAUUAGCGAUUCGAGCCAAAAUACAGUCGGCACAGAAAUCUCGAAUGCGGUUUACUUGAGUGACGACGAAUUAAUACAAAAACUAGGCCAGCAAACACAGAGAAAAUCAAAUUUCGAAAGUCGGUCCUUGUCCGAUGAUGAGCUCAUCGCAAGAGGAAGAUGUGGUAAAGAGGUGACGAAUGAUGCAGUCAAUUUUCUUAUCAUCCUUCCCGAUUCCGGCGUUCCAAGAAUGAAUUCCAUGGACGAACAGAUAUUGCGCGCAAAUGAUGCUCCAGUUCCAGUUCCGGUUUCUCAGAACGAAGAUCUAUCACCUGUCGAAGGCCAAGCGUCACCUUCCUCUGUGAGUUCGAAAUCGCAGGAUGAUAAUAUGGGGGAGUCAAAUUCUGGAUGUAGCGAGUAUGAACAAGAAUGUGAUCAACGACCUGCCGAAAGGGGAGAUAGAUUACUGAUCCGUUUGAAACGUAGAUGGUCGGCUGGUAACUCGAUGAACUUGGCUGAAAUCCCGCAGAAACGUACACACAUCGAAACCUCAUCUGAAUCUGAUUCAGAUGGGCAACAAAUCGAACAGAAUAAACGGACGCGACGAAAGCCGAAAAAGUCGUCGCUACAGCCAGCUGAACGGAUGGGGGGAUUUUUCAGCAAAAUGUCGAAUAGUUUACGCGCGAAUGGAACAAAAAUGAAAGCGAAACUGUCGCUUGGACGAAGAAGUUUACCGAACAGACGAGAAACCGGUGCUGACCAUUUCGUCGUUACUCCUUAUCGCGAAGAUAAGGUCGUUGAAAGUAUGAAAGGAUUUAAAGUUAUUCCUGAUUGUCAGGAUAUUGAAACCGAAGAUGAUUCGUAGAUCAGCCGGGUACAUCUACAAUCGAAUUAAGGGGAAUUAAGCGCAAGCUUUACUAAGCGUUCAGUGCGUUUGUAUAAAUAAUGUAAAACGUUGAUGAGCAACGACUCUGAUUUUUCAAGUGCCAAAAAAA